AUGCGUACUUUUGGAUUCCCAUACGGGACCAUGGCCUUCUCAUCGCAGUGCCUGAGGCUCGCGUUUCUGUUAUUCUGUUAUUCUUUUUGCGUUCUCGCACAGUAUGAGAAAUACAACUUUCGAAGUUUCCCACGGCACGAGCUUAUGCCCCUUGAGUCGGCGUACCGACACGCUUUGGACAAGUACGGUGAGGAAAAGUGGCCCGAGGCCGUGGAGUUUCUGGAGGUGAGUCUCCGGCUGUAUCGACUGCUCCGAGACAGCGAGGCCUUCUGCAACCUGAACUGCAGCACGGUGCGCCUGGACGACGAGACGCGCUUUAGCGAGUUCCCGGAGCUGCGUGCAUUCGGUAACGUGAUGAAGCGGGCGCAGUGUCUGAAGCGAUGUAAACAGGGUUUACCGGCCUUCAGACAGACGCUUCCCACCCGAGAAACUAUAGAGGAGUUUGAGAAACGGGAACCUUACAAGUACCUGCAGUAUGCCUACUUUAAGAGUGAUCAUUUGGCCAAAGCUGUCUCUGCUGCGCACACUUUUCUCCUGAAACAUCCAAAUGAUGAGAUGAUGACGAGAAAUAUGAACUAUUACAAGAGUUUACCUGGAUCUGAGGAACAUAUGAAAGACCUGGAGACCAAGUCAUAUGAGUCACUGUUUAUCCGGGCCGUGCGGGCAUACAAUGGUGAUAACUUCAGAACGUCAGUCACAGAUAUGGAGCUGGCAAUAAGAGACUUUCUCAAGGUGUAUGAUGAGUGUAUCGCCGCUACAGAGGGAUCCAGACAAAUCAAAGACUUUAAGGACUUCUACCCCUCCAUUGCAGAUCAUUACACUGAGGUACUGGAGAGGAAGGUUGGCUGUGAGGCUGAGCUGACACCAGUUGUUGGUGGAUUUAUUGUUGAGAAAUUCGUAGCAACCAUGUACCACUACCUCCAGUUUGCAUAUUAUAAAUUGAAUGAUCUGAAGAACGCUGUACCUUGUGUGGCCAGCUAUAUGCUCUUUGAUCCCAGUGAUGAGGUGAUGAAGAAUAAUCUGGAAUAUUAUCGAUACCAUAGAGAUAAAUUUGGUCUCAGUGAUGAAGACUUCUUGCCUAGAGCGGAGGCAUUGCGGUACCACAAUCAAACAACGUUACAGCUGCAGCUGCUGGAAUUUGCCCAACAAAAGCUCUUGCAGGAUGAUGAGGGUGAAGUUGUAGAGUUUCUUGAUGAAUACCUUGAUGCCAAACGAGACUGAACUGCAUGUGCACUGAAUUAGAAACAAGAGGAGUGUAAAAGUCAUAAGGGUCCCCAUCCUUUAGCAUUUUUCUCUUGUAUUUAUUUAUGGUUGGUUAGAGGAGUUUACAGAUAUUUUAUAGUACAAAUGUUACACAUGCACCAGAAAUCUGUCAACGUUGAAAAGAUUCACUGCCUUGUUUUAUUUGAUGUUGGGUUGUUUUAAUAAAGAUUCUUUUGAUAAUUUGC